AUGGACCGGCCCACGACGCCCGAGGGCGGGCGCUACCAACGGCCGCCUGCAUACGACGAGGAUGAGCUGCUGCCGGCGAUGCAAGGGAGUUCCACCAUGCGCCUGUUGACACACGUCGAGGACAGUUACCAGAGACGCUCGUUCGAGGCUUCAGACGCCAUGACGGGCGCGCACAGCACGGCGGCGGCCCUAAGCGGACGCAUGACGCCGCCCGAGGCAGGCACGCAGAAGACGGCCGAGCCAGGCCUGGUCGACUUCCUGCGCGAGGCGGGCGAGGCGCUGGGCUCGACGUCGACUUGGACUGCACACGCACCGCCACCCCAGCCAGCGAUGCCGCGGCGCAAGACGCUCAAGACGCGCCUCGGCGACUCCCUCUACGCGCACAAGCCGAAGCUGGCGCCACACGACCAUGGCUUACCAAUGCAACUCCUCCGCAGACCAACCGCGGCCCCCUCGCGCGCAUACCACCCGACCGCCGCCUCCGUGGCCGGCCCCUCGCGCUCGCACUCGCUGCUCGACACGGCGCCCACCAUGCCCCCGCCCACCGACGGCGCCUCCCCGCCCUACCAGCCCUACCAGCCCUACCGCCGCCCAUACUCGCCCGACCGUCCGUACUCGCCCGACCGCCCGUACUCGCCCACGCGCACCUCGUUCGACUACGCCCGCCCGCCCGCCUCGACCCAGUACGAGCCCGAGACGCUCGACGGCAGCCCGCGCCCGGGGAGUCCCACACGGCCCGGCAGCCCCAGGAGACCGCUGCCCCCGCAGCCACUGUUCGCGCAGCGCCACUCGGAGCCUGGGGGAGACAUGAGCAACAUGACGGCCAUUCCCAUCGACGACGAUGACGACGACGACAACAACAACAACAACAACAUCAACAACCACCACCACAACAACAACAACAACAACCCCUUCGACGACGGCAAGACGUACGAUCGCCGCCCCGACCUCGACUCCCGCGUCUCCUACCUGUCCGACGACACCUACACGGACGGCUACACCAACGUCGACGAAAAGGGCGAGCACUAUGGCCCGGCACCCACGGGCGCCAUGCCGCGACGAGGCGCCCGCGACGCCGUCAUGACCAAGAAGGAGGUCCGUCUGAUCAACGGCGAGCUGAUCCUCGAGUGCAAGAUCCCCACCAUCCUGUACAGCUUCCUGCCGCGCCGCGACGACAUCGAGUUCACCCACAUGCGCUACACCGCCGUCACCUGCGACCCCGACGACUUUGUCGACCGCGGCUACAAGCUGCGCCAGAACAUCGACAGCUCGCGCGAGACGGAGCUCUUCAUCUGCAUCACCAUGUACAACGAGAACGAGAUCGACUUCACCCGCACCAUGCACGGCGUCAUGCAGAACAUCAGCCACUUCUGCUCCCGCAUCAAGUCCCGCACCUGGGGCAAGGACGGCUGGCAGAAGAUUGUCGUCUGCAUCAUCUCCGACGGACGCAGCAAGGUCCACCCCCGCACCCUCGACGCCAUCGCCGCCAUGGGCUGCUUCCAGGAGGGCAUCGCCAAGAACCACGUCAACCAGCGCGAGGUCACCGCCCACGUCUACGAAUACACAACCCAGGUCUCCCUCGACUCCGACCUCAAGUUCAAGGGCGCCGAGAAGGGCAUCGUGCCGUGCCAGAUGAUCUUCUGCCUCAAGGAAGCCAACUCCAAGAAGCUCAACUCCCACCGCUGGUUCUUCAACGCCUUUGGCCGCGCCCUGAACCCCAACAUCUGCAUCCUGCUCGACGUCGGCACGAAGCCCGGGCCCAAGGCCCUGUACCAUCUGUGGAAGGCGUUCGACACAGACUCCUCCGUCGCCGGAGCCGCUGGCGAGAUCAAAGCAGGCAAGGGCAAGGCCUGGCUCGGCCUCCUCAACCCACUCGUCGCAUCCCAGAACUUCGAGUACAAAAUGUCAAACAUCCUCGACAAGCCGCUCGAGUCCGUGUUCGGGUACAUCACCGUGCUGCCCGGUGCGCUGUCCGCGUAUCGAUACCACGCCCUGCAAAACGACCACACAGGCCACGGUCCGUUGAGUCAGUACUUCAAGGGAGAGACGCUACACGGUCAGGACGCGGAUGUCUUCACUGCGAACAUGUACCUCGCCGAGGAUCGUAUUCUGUGCUGGGAACUCGUGGCGAAGCGCAGCGAGCAGUGGGUCUUGAAGUACGUCAAGGCUGCCACGGGUGAGACGGAUGUGCCUGACUCGGUUCCUGAAUUCAUCUCCCAGCGUCGACGUUGGCUCAACGGUGCCUUCUUCGCGGCGGUCUACUCGCUCCUCCACUUCAAGCAGGUCUGGUCCACCGACCACACCAUCUGGCGCAAGAUCCUGCUCCACAUCGAGUUCGUCUACCAGUUCGUGCAGCUGCUCUUCACCUUCUUCUCGCUCGCCAACUUCUACCUUACCUUCUACUUCGUCGCCGGCUCCCUCGCCGACCCGGAGAUGGAUCCCUUCGGCCACAGCAUCGGCAAAGUCAUCUUCUACAUCCUCCGCUACACGUGCACGCUCCUCAUCUGCAUGCAGUUCAUCCUGUCCAUGGGCAAUCGGCCGCAAGGCACCAAGAAGAUGUUCCUCUGGAGCAUGAUCGGCUAUGGCAUCAUCAUGGCCUACACCACCUUCGCCUCCAUCUACAUCGUCGUCUACCAGCUCAAGAACUCGGACGCACCCAAGACGAUUGGAAACAACACCUUCACCAAUUUGAUCAUCUCGACAGCGACCACGAUCGGCCUCUACUUCCUCAUGUCCUUCAUGUACCUCGACCCCUGGCACAUGUUCACCUCGUCCGCCCAGUACUUUGCGCUGCUGCCGAGUUACAUCGCAACCCUCCAAGUCUACGCCUUCUGCAACACGCACGACAUCACGUGGGGCACAAAGGGCGACAACGUCGCAAAGACGGACCUGGGCGACGCCAAAGCCAAAGCCGGCAACGUCGUGGAGCUGGAGAUGCCGUCGGAGCAGCUCGACAUCGACUCCGGCUACGACGAGGCGCUGCGCAACCUCCGCGACCGCGUCGAAGUCCCCGAGAAGCCAAUGUCCGAGUCGCAGCAGCAGGAGGACUACUACCGCGCGGUGCGCACCUACGUGGUCGUCAUCUGGCUCAUCAGCAACGCCGUGCUCGCCAUGUCCGUGUCGGAAGCAUACGGCAACCGCAAAGUCACCAACAACUUCUACCUCACCUUCAUCCUCUGGAGCGUCGCCGCGCUCGCCUUCUUCCGCGCCAUCGGCUCCACCUCGUUCCUCAUCAUCAACAGCAUCCACACCGCCAUGGAGACAAAGCUCAAGUGGGAGGACAAGAUCGAAGACAAGAAGAGCGGCGCUACCGGCCUCGGCGGCGGCAUCAAGAGUAAGCGCAAGGGCAAGUGGUGGAAGUUUGGCUUCGGCGGUAGCUAUGGCGGCAGUGUCGUCAGCAGCGCCUGGUUCAGCAAGAGCUCCAUCAGCAGCAAGUUGAGCAGUAUCAGUCCGAGCAACUGGGGCGGGAGCAGUGUUGGGCGUUGA